ACGUCAAUUUAGUUGCUUCAUUUCUACUCUUGAUAUUCACAAUCCAAAGAGAUUCAACCAUAAGCAGCUGUUUUUAGUGCAUCUUGUCAAAGUCACAAGUGUUGACACAUCUGUACUAAACCAGAUUGACGGCAAGGCCAAUUUGAAAUCCUCUUGCUCUCAAAAAGACAGUCUCUAUAAUUCUCUCGUUCCUGUUUGAAGGGAACACCUGCUGAGCUGAAUCUGUUCACUGUUGACCCAGUCCUCCAAAAAUGGCCAAAUGGACACAAAUCUGGAGCGCCUGUCUUGCUCUUAUUGGUUUGGCUUGGUUAUUUUUUACAAAAACAGUACCAUGGACACCAAAAGUGGAUGAAAUUGGCACAAGGAUAUUGAUCAAAAAACCUUCCGUUACCCCAGUUCUCAAAAAGAUUUCACAUUUUCCAACGGUCCCCAAACGUGAGAAAAUUCAAGAAAAAGAAAAAGUACCCGAGUCACCUUUGAGCCAGUUAAAGGCCAGGAUGGAACGAGUUGUUCAACAAUGUGGAGAGGUAUGCCAAACUAGUCAGAAUCGAACGAGAUUGAUCGGGCACAAGUAUUACGAUGUGGUGGUUAAGAAGUUCAAUUGUCAACAAUUAUUUGACAACAACUACAUGGAUGGAUACACCCUAUUCCCAACACCUCCAAAGACGAUUCCGGGAUUCUUGCGAGAUGGAUUCACAUAUCAAAAUCGAGUCCAAGUUCGACCUUCGUAUCGGGAUGAUUCCAAAGGCAAACGUCACACUCUGAUUUGGACUGAAGACGAGGUGGCCAAGCUAAGAUCCUCUCUUCAACGGAACGAAUUGCGCGGAAAUUAUGGUAUCGCCCAGGUCAAAAACAUUCAAGCGCAUUUGAGGGAGCACAUGAACAUCACAGACCAACACGUUCUAAUCGUCGGAUCGCAAUUCCCUUGGUUGGAAGUCAUUGCUCUGGAAGCUGGGGCUAAACGGAUCACCACUCUGGAAUAUGUGCCCAUUGAAUCUCGGCACCCUCAAAUCAAGACCAUUGUUCCCAAGGACUUUGCUCUGAAGUUCUUGAAUGGGACCCUAGGGCAAUUCGAUGCCAUGAUGAGCUUUUCCUCUUUCGAGCACAGUGGCCUUGGGCGUUACGGGGAUGGGUUGAACCCUUACGGUGAUUUGAUCACCAUGGCUCGAGUCUGGUGCGUUUUGCGAGAUGGUGGAAUGGUCCUCAUUGGCGUUCCCACUGGUCCGGAUGUUUUGGUAUUUAAUUUACACAGGAUUUAUGGACCAGUAAUGUACUCUCAUUUGUUUGCCAAUUUCGAGCAAGUUUUCACCAAGGCGAACAUUGCAAAUUAUCAUCGUCAACAUUGCUAUCAGCCCAUUCACAUCCUGCGAAAGAACUUGACUCUUUUCAAAGGUGCCAUUUGAUCAUGUCAAUGGAAUUGGAUUGAAAUCAGCUUUGCAACAUGGAUUGUAAAGUACAAGAAAUACUAUGGAACAUCAUGACUCUUGAACAUACAGUGUGCUUCAAAAUAAAGUGAGCAGCGAACAAUGUGUUGAAA